GCGAGUGAUGCAAUGUUUACAUGCAUUGAACGGCAAACGAGCGGACAAUUGAGACCCCAUUCGAGCCAAUCAUCGCUUUGAGUGACAGCUAAAGCAUCGCAAACCUCUUCGCCAACUGAUCCCACCAUUGAGUCGAUCGCGUAAUGUCUGGUCAGGACUUCAGCAAAACAUUCCGUAUUCUCGUCGCGAGUGAUAUUCAUUUGGGUUAUAAUGAAAGACACGCCGAAAGAGGCAACGAUUCGUUCCUUGCGUUCGAAGAGGUGCUAUCCAUAGCCAAAGAGGAAGACGUGGAUCUGUUGCUAUUGGGCGGCGAUCUGUUCCACGCGAAUAAGCCGUCGUUCCCGACGCUGAAGAAGACGAUCGAACUGUUGCGUCAGUACUGCUUCGGGAGUCGUCCGAUUCAGUUCCGCAUUGUGUCCAAUCAGAGCGACAACUUCUCGCACUACAAGAACUUCAAACACGCCAACUAUUUGGACGACAACCUCAACAUCUCGUUGCCGGUGUUCACCAUUCAUGGCAACCACGACGACCCCACCGGUGCCAACCAUAUCAGCGCAUUGGACAGCCUCUCCAGCGCCGGACUCGUCAACUACUUCGGCAAAUACACAUCAGUGGACGAAAUUCUCUUGAGUCCCAUUCUGUUAGAGAAGGGCGACUGUAAGAUAGCGUUGUAUGGCUUGGGAUCAGUCAAUGAGGAGCGCCUCUACCGUAUCGUCACUGAAGGCAAACUCAAUUACUGUAUGCCUGAGACGGCCGAAGACGAGUGGUUCAAAGUGGUGGUCGUCCACCAGAACCGCACGAAACACGUCAACACCAAGUAUUUGCCCGAAAGGUUUCUCUCGGAUUUGCCGAAUCUGGUCAUAUGGGGUCACGAACACGAGUCACGACCCGAACCCGACUAUAACGCCACCGAAGAGUUCUUUGUCUAUCAGCCGGGAUCUACUGUCGCCACAUCCCUGUGUGAGGCCGAAGCCGUUCCCAAACACUGCGGUAUACUUGAGGUGUCCUUCGAUGACUUGACCCGAACCCCAAAGUUCCGAAUAACGACUCGAAAGCUGAAAACCGUUCGCCCAUUCAUUUGGGAAUCGAUCGACGUUUCGGAUCUUAUUCUUAAGGGUUUUAUCAAUAAUUCGGACGAAGAAUCGGUCGCUCAGUAUUGUAAGGGAAAAGUGGAGGAAAUGAUCCAAAAGGCGAGUUUGGAGCACACGGGAGACAUGAAGCAGCCGAGACUGCCAUUGAUUCGGUUGCGACUCGAGUACAUGGAUGACGGCCAACAGUUCCACGCGGCGCAGUUCGGCGCACAGUUCGGGGGCCGAGUGGCCAACCCUUCCGAUAUCAUUCAUUACGUGAAGCGAAAAGAGGAUCGCGUUUACGAAAAUGAAGGCAAUAUUGACUUAAAGGAAAUGCGCGCUCUUUUGAACGACGACGUGAUCGGAGAGAGAGUUAACAUAAUAGACAUCAUUAAAGAAUAUUUCGGCAAAAUUGAAGACCAAAAACUCAAAUUAGGAGUUCUAUCGGAGAAUGCGUUGACUCUCGCGGUCGUAGAAAUGGUCGAAAAGGAGUCAAACGAAGCGAUCGCUGAUGUGUUUGAGGCACAGAAGGAGAAAAUGAAGAAAUGUUUGCUAGAGUUGGAUGAACUCAAAGUCGAGGAUAUCAAAGAGGAGAUUAGACGACUCCGAAGUGAGAAUGUAUUCGAGAACGACACUCAAGAUUUGGCCAGAAUUCUGGCCGAUAGUCGACACAAAAGCAGAUCCACUCCUAGAGCUGAGCCCAAGAACGGUGGAGACGACGACUACAUUGCUUAUGAAAUGGGAAAUAAUGAUAGACUUGAUUAUUCGGAUGUGGAGGAAGAGGUGAGACCACCGCAAACGGCCACUCGAGGCGCCUCCACAGCCACCAGAUCUCGCGCCAGAGGUCGAGCGCGAGGUCGCGGACGCGCCACUGCUGUCAAACGGGAACCGGCGUCACAGCAUCGGGCGUCCACUCAGAGCACUCUGGAUGUGUGGGAACCGUCCAGUUCUGAGAGCAGAAGACAUUCUCCCCGAAGAGCCACUUUGGCUAAGAAACCCAAAUACGAAGAAAUCGAAAUAUCCGACGACUCGGACUGAUCGCACACUUGGCUUCAAAUUAUGUAUCACUUAUCAUACAAUCUCUGCAUUUCUACAUUGUUUUUACUUUUUAUAUGUCUUUCCCGUGACGUGAAGUAGAUUUUAAAUAAAGUAUUGAAUGGAAAACUUGUUUUUAAAAAACUUGAUUAUCUAAUCAAAUGCUAGGAUUUUUUUUUUCAUUUUAGAGAACAGUGC